AUGGGUUGCUGUGGUUGUAACGGUUACCGUGCUGGUGGCUGCGGUGGUGGCUGUGGUGGUGGCUGUGGUGGUGGCUGCGGUGGUGGCUGUGGUGGUGGCUGUGGUGGUGGCUGUGGCAGCUGCUCCAGCUGCAGGUGCUACCGGGUUGGCUGCUGCUCUAGCUGCUGUCCCUGCUGCCGUGGAUGCUGUGGGGGCUGCUGCAGUGUCCCUGUAGUCUGCUGCUGCCGUCGCUCCUGUGGCUGUGGCUCCUGUGGCUGUGGCUCCUGUGGCUGUGGCUGUGGGAAGGGCUGUUGCCAGCAGAAGUGUUGCUGCCAGAAGCAAUGCUGCUGCUAG